AUGAUCUUGAGUACUCUGUGGACGGUGUUGUUGUCCAUAUCCCUGAAAAGGAUUCCUUGUCUGUACAGACCCUCCCGGCGCGUCGUCACCACUAGGCAGAGCGUCCCAUCUCGUAAGUCCGUAUCGUGGAUGGCCACCUCACAGCCGUCGGGGAAGCGAUUGAAACUUCCCUCUUGGAUACCUCCCGGCAGUGAGCCCACGUGUGGUGUAUCACCAACCAAUUACUUAGAGUACUGGCUCUUGAUCUUGCUGACAGCGAGACUCUAUGCGGUAAAGUCCCUGCCUCGGUCAGAGGCAGAAGGCCGUGCCUUGGCUGGCUGGUCACUCGGGGGAGUGACGGCCUUCCGUUUCACAACACCAACUUCCUUUUUCGUCUCAACGGAGUUCCCCGUGGGUGGGGGUCUCGAUAGAGUCGAACGUGAAGGUGCAGGAACGGGAGACGCCGGCCGUGGAGUCUCGCACAUGGCAAUAUUCAGCUCCUCUCCUGGCGUCGACUCGUCAGACUUCGCUUGCUGGGUUUCCUCAGCUGGCUUGGCUGGCUUGUCCGCGGCAUGCUGGGUCCAGUGUAUACGAAGCGGCACGCUGGGCCCCGCGUGCACAAAGUUCGACGAGGACACGACGCUAGAGGUCGCGGUGGAGGUGUCUGGCGCGUGCUACUACGGCUUCUCGGUGGGCAUGCAGUACACGUCAGCCGAGCAGCUGUGUCAGUCACAGGGCGCUCACCUCGUCCACCUCGAGACAGAGCAGAAACAACACGACGUCUGGAACGCUCUCGGCCCCAACUUUGGUCAGCACUGGAUGGGUCUGAAGUUCGUGGGGGGCAGCUGGGUGUGGUGGGACAACGGACAGUCCACGGCAGUGACAUCAUCCAGGUGGGAAAGCGACUCUUCGGGCGCAUGCGCCUACACCAACACCGACAAUAACAGAGGGCUCUGGAAGGCCGCUGAACUAACGAACUGGUACAGGACAGUUUGCGAAGAUGGGUCGUCAGCUGUUGCCGAAGAGACGUCAUUAACAACGACGACAGGCGCACCGACUACACCAACGGUUCCAGGUGGCGUCAUGUACGCCUCAUUUGUGAUGACGUCAUCAUUGUCGGACGUGGUUGAAAUCGACACUAGUUCGUCUGCUUACAACCUGGAGUGUGCUAGGAAAUGUUACGAGCUGGCAGACUGCCAGUUUUACAAGUUUUUUGACAACACGUGCAAUCUGUACAACUACCAGUCUGCUGGCAUUGGAAUCAGCUGUGGUCAAGGUUUACGAUGUUACAGACGAGAAUACUAACAGCCCGCAUUAUGUACUGCUUCAAACAGAAGCAGCCACGUGUGAAGGAAUUUUAGCAGGGGAGUUAGGGGGGAGUGGGAGUUUCUAGACUAUGGUGAGCGGGAGUUAGGGGGGAGUGGGAGUUUCUAGACUAUGGUGAGCGACAUUUAUAGCGGGGUCAAGUCAGUCUCCCCAGGAAAAUAUAUUGAAAAUAAAAGAUGAAAAUAUGCUUGAGUGGGGAAGGGGAAUUCGACCCCCAAAACCCUCCCCUGCACACUGCCUGAGAAGUGGUUUAUAGCAGCAAGGUCGCUUCAUUAUAUUAUAGCAUAGUUUACUAAUGCAAAAUACAAACGCAACAACAGUUUUAAUAAACUAGCGAUGUCGCCUCACCAUAUUAUGUCGUCAUUUACUAUUCAAAUAUAAAAACACAACUACUGUUGUAACAAACUCACAAUCUCAUUUCACUAUAUAUGUACAAAAUAAUUUUUUAAUGCAAAAUACAACAUACUAUAGGUUUUUAAUAAAUUCACAAUAUAACUAAACCUAUUGUAUCAUCAUUUACAAAAAUGCAAAAUACAAACAUAUCUACUAUUUCAAUAAACUCACAAUCUCGCCUUACAUUUUUAUAGCAUAAUUUACUAAUUAAUAUAAACACAACUACAGUUUUACUGUACUCAUAAUCUUGCCUCACCACAUUAUAAUAUCUAUUAAUGCAAAAGUACAAACACAACUACAAUUUUAAUAUACUCACACUCUCGCCUCACGACACAAUAACAUCUACUAAUGCAAAAUGCAAACACAAGUUACUACAUUUUUAAUAUAGGCCUACUCAAUCUCGCCUCAUCACAUUAUAACACAUUAUAAUAACAUCUACUAAUGCAAAAAUACAAAACACAACUACAGUUUUAAUACACUCACAAUCUCACCUCACCAAAUUAUAAUAACAUAUACUAAUGCGAAAAUACAACCACAACUACAAUUUUAAUAUACUCAGUCUCGCCUCACCACACAUUAGAACACAUUAUAAUAACACAAACACAACUACAAUUUUAAUAUACUCAAUCUCGCCUCACCAUAUUAGAAAACAUUAUAAUAUCACAAACACAACUACAAUUUUAAUAUACUCAAUUUCGCCUCCCCACAUUAUAAUAACACAAACACAACUACAAUUUUAAUAUACUCAAUCUCGCCUCACCACAUUAGAAAACAUAAUAUCACAAACACAACUACAAUUUUAAUAUACUCAGUCUCGCCUCACCACAUUAUAAUAACAUCUACUAAUGCAAAAAUACAAACACAACGGUUAUUGUCGGUGACCUUCGAACAACAUAAAAAUCUUUUGCCAAAGUUAAAAAUACUUUGUUACACAAACCAGUGAAACUGUAGGUCGUGUCUCGAUUUUAAAAUUGAGCGUAAUAAUAGUAUUGUUUUUCGUGUGACGUAGACUCUAGCCAAAUGAUAUCGAAGAAUGGCACAAAACAUUAAAACUUUUGCACAAAACAAGCUUAUUAUGUUGUUUAUUGACGUGUGGAGCAGUUUGAGUUGAGGUUAGGUCAUAGGGUUUUAUGUACACAUUCGGAGCAAACUGUUGUAAGGCACGCCUGUCCAGGACAGGAAAGGGGUUGGGUGGGUGGAAGAGGGGACACCGCCCGCCUGA